GAAAAUCUAAGUUAGUCUCUUUUAUCCGCUUAUCUUAUCUUAUGAAUCUGAAAAACCUCUGUUUUCUCUCGUUUCCUCCUCCGUUCUUAGAGCGAGAGAGACAGAUUCCCGAAAAUGGCUGUAAUCCUCGAUUCCUUCUUACCUCCAAUUCACACACUCACUUCUUCAUCUCGGAAAUGGAUUCCAACCGCUUCCUCGUCUCCGCGAUGGCCGCCGAUCGAUUCAUCCCCCAAAUCUCGCUUCUCACUCAGUUCUGAAUCUCAACCGAUUAAAGGCCUUGCAGUUCCGAGGAGGAGUGCGAUGGCGUUGAUCUUGUCCUCUUGUAUUUUCUCGAAUUCGGCAUUGGCUGAGCAAUCUGUUGGAUUAUUGGAAUACAUUGACACAUUUGAUGGCUAUUCGUUCAAUUACCCUAAGAAUUGGAUUCAAGUUCGAGGGGCGGGGGCUGACAUAUUCUUUAGGGAUCCGUUUGUUCUUGAUGAGAAUAUUUCCGUGGAGUUCUCGUCGCCGUCUUCUUCUAGGUAUAAGAGCGUUGAGGAUUUGGGACCUCCUGAAGAAGCGGGGAAGAAAGUGCUGAAACAGUAUUUGACAGAGUUCAUGUCUACAAGGCUUGGGGUUAGAAGGGAAUCCAACAUUCUUUCUACUUCUUCAAGAAUGGCGGAUGAUGGCAGGACUUACUACCAAGUUGAGGUAAACAUAAAGUCAUAUGCAAACAACAAUGAACUGGCAGUAAUGCCACAGGAUCGGGUGGUUCGUCUGGAAUGGGACCGAAGAUAUCUCUCCGUUCUCGGAGUCGAAAACAAUCGGCUGUACGAACUGAGAUUACAAACCCCAGAAAAUGUGUUUGUAGAAGAAGAAAAUGAGCUGCGUCAAGUUAUGGAUUCUUUCAGAGUCAACAAAGUGAAUGCAUGAAAUGAAGCACAAGAGGAGGGCUUGUUUUCAGAUACAAUAGCUGAAAUAUUGUACUUUCUAUCAUCAAAUCACUACUGGAUUUUACAGUAAUUUAACAUUGAACCAAAGAUUGUGCUCACAACUUCACAA